UCACUUCGUGCGCAACAAUGGCGACCCGUAGCCGCGUGAACUCGGCGCUGCGCGCGCAGCACAUGCCGGCGCACCUGCGCCACCUCGAGGGCAAGUUCAAGAACGCGCGCGGCCAGAACCUGUCCUACCUGGCGCUCUUCCCGCCCGCGUCCACGCCGCUGCGCGCCGUCGUGCUCUACCUGCACGGCAUCGGCGACCACAGCCGCCGCUACUUCCACCUGUACGAGCGCCUCUGCGAUGCCGGCUUCGGCGUGCUGGCCUACGACCUGCUGAGCCACGGCGCCAGCGACUCGGACCAGCACGGGCUGCGCGCGCACAGCGCCAGGUUCCAGUACUUCGUGGACGACACGAACGAGUUCAUCAAGCUGGCCAAGAUGCAGCUGUACCCGCAGCUGGCGCUGCCGCAGGACAAGGAGAAGGAGCCCAAGCUCGUCCUGGCCGGCAUGUCGUACGGCACGCUCGUGAGUCUGCACACCAUCCUCAGUGGGGCGCACGGCUUCAGCGGCGUCGUGUUGGUGGCGCCGGCGCUGCUGGUCGAGAUGACCACGACGCUGAGGGUGCAGGCUGUGUUUGCCAGGCCGUUGAGCAAGCUCAUCCCCAAGGCCCGCAUCGUGCCGGGAGUCAAUGGGGACUACCUGUGCAGAGAUCAGGACUACGUGAACGACUUCAAGGCCGACCCGUUGACGGUCUCGGAGCCCGUGACGGCGAGAAUGGGCGCCGAGACGCUCAAGGCCAUGAGGGCGCUGGAGGCGGACAAAAGAGUGGAGGACAAGCAGAGCGCGCUGUGCAAGCUGCCGAUGCUGAUGAUGAUGGGCUCGAACGACAAGGUCACGAGCCUGGAGCUGGCGCAGGUGUUCUACAACCGACUGGCUGCCCAGGACAAGGAGUUCAAGGUGUUCGACGACUACUUCCACGCGCUGUUCGAUGACCCGGAGUCGGAGGCCGUGUUCGUGUACCUGGACAACUGGCUCAAGAAGCGAUUCCCCGUCCCGGAAGGUGCUGAGAAGGUUGAGAAGAUUGAAGAGGGUGACGAGGAGAAGGCUGAGGCUGAAGAGAAGAAGGUUGAAGAGGCGGUGGAGGAGGAAACUAAGGUCGAAACUGACGUGAAAACUGAAGCUGUCGAGUCCGCUGUCGUCGAAGAAGCUACGCUCAAGUCGGAUAACAACAGUACGCCAGCGCAGGAGGAGCCAGUAAGCGACAAGACGGACGGAACUCAAGCCGAGGCUACAGAGGACAGUGAUAACACGACGAAGGUCGACGAGAUGCCGGCCAGCUCUGAUGUGAGCAGCGAGGCUCCGAAGGCUGAAACUGCAGAGAGCACUAAGGAGCAGGCUUAG